UGCGGUUCGAUGCGUUUACACGCAGUAGGAGACGGAAGGAGAUCAGCUGUGAGCGUGCAUGUGAGCACAUGUUUUUGUUGGUAGUCUGAUAGGAAAGAGACCUGUGUUGUCGAUACCGGGUAGUUCAAAGGUCUGCGAACAUGACAGAGCAACAAGAAGACUAUCCUUCAGAAAUCCACGCCGGUUUGGUGGCGUUUAGCGAUUCUCUAAAAGCAGUGGACGAUGUGUUCAAACCUUUCCUACAGAUGGCAGUGGAGGACUUGGAAAAGCUGGAGGCUCUGGACCAGGCCAAACUGCACCUGACGGCAGUCUAUGCUAUCAACUCUCUGUUCUGGAUUUACCUAACCACACAAGGCAUUGACCCCAAGGACCACCCAAUCAAGAGUGAACUGGACAGAAUACGCAGCUACAUGAACCGUGUCAAGGAGAUAGAGGACAAGAGGAAAGCUGCUAAAGUGGACAAGGCUGCUGCUAAGAGAAUUGUGAAGAAUGCUCUCUGGGAGCCAUCCAAGCAGGCAGCAGGGUCACAGGUCAAGCAAACAUCAGAGAAGAGGAAACAAGAUGACAGAAUUGGACCUCAGGCUAAGAAGAAAAAGGAGUGAGCACAAACAAAGACUGACAUGAACAUGAAAUAAGACAGAAGAUGGAAGGCUGGUGCAACUGAGACUCUCAGUUCAGUGUGAGGUGGUCCAUGAGCCCCAAACCAUAAAGUACUCUCCAAGCAGAUGUUUGGGGUAAUUUUUGGUGUGUUUUAGGCUUUUUUAUCAGGGUUUCUCUUUUGCACUGGAAUUUUCUUUCACCCAACCCAACCAAACACGCCAAAAAUAACCCCAAACCCAAACCUCUGCUCGGAGAGUAAAUAUAAAGCACAAAACAGUGAGGACAGAGAUUUCCAGUGCAGUCUUCAUCACGCCGGGAAUCAAUACAGCAUGUAUAUUUUUACAAGUCCAUCCAUGUAUUAACAUUACAGUCACUGAUUACUAUAGUGUUGGAAGUUGUAGGAACCACACAUUUGCAUGGAGAUAACCUA